AAAAAGAAAAAGGAAAAAGAAAAAGAAAAAAACAGAAACAGAAACAACUAAAAAAACCAGCUUCCGCCAUAGAAAUGCUGACUAGCAAACUGUCAGCAGCUGCAGUUUCUUCAUCUUCUUCCACACUGUUCUUGAGAUCAAACUUCGCCAAGAAGAUCAAUUCUAUAGUCAACCCAUCACUCUGCAAUUCUGUCAGACCCAUUGUUGGAUGGAGUUGCAGUAACAAGAGUUCCACACGGAGAAAAAUGGAUUCCUCCGCUUCUUCGAGAGUUGUUAGCCCACGCGCCUCUGCUCAGCAGCUUCAGGACCCUGAUCAGCUUAUCGACUCUGUCGAAACCUUCAUUUUCGACUGCGACGGAGUAAUAUGGAAGGGAGACAAACUGAUAGACGGAGUCCCGGAAACUCUCGACAUGCUUCGAUCCAAGGGAAAACGGUUGGUUUUUGUCACUAAUAACUCGACAAAAUCGAGGAAACAGUACGGAAAGAAGUUUGAAUCACUCGGUCUUGAUGUCAGUGAGGAGGAAAUAUUUGCAUCAUCCUUUGCUGCAGCUGCUUACUUAAAGUCGAUCGAUUUCCCCAAAGAUAAAAAGGUGUACGUUGUUGGCGAGGAAGGAAUCCAAAUAGAGCUGGAGUUAGCCGGAUUUCAGUACAUUGGUGGUCCGGUAGACGGUGAGAAAAAGAUCGAACUAAAACCCGGUUUUUUGAUGGAGCACGAUGAAGAAGUCGGGGCUGUGGUAGUUGGAUUCGAUCGUUACUUCAACUAUUACAAAAUCCAGUACGCAACUUUGUGCAUACGAGAAAACCCGGGCUGUCUUUUCAUUGCUACAAACCGUGAUGCCGUCACUCAUCUUACCGAUGCGCAAGAAUGGGCAGGUGGUGGUUCGAUGGUAGGUGCAGUGCGUGGGUCCACUCAACGGGAGCCACUCGUUGUUGGAAAGCCCUCGACUUUCAUGAUGGACUAUUUAGCAAAUGAAUUCAAUAUUUCAAAGUCCCAGAUAUGCAUGGUUGGCGAUAGACUAGAUACCGAUAUUCUUUUCGGACAAAACGGCGGUUGCAAGACUCUUCUUGUCCUUUCAGGAGUGACGUCUCUGCCUAUGCUUCAAAAUCCCGAAAACGCCAUACAGCCAGAUUUCUACACCAACAAGAUUUCUGAUUUCCUCUCUCUCAAAGCUGCAACUGUAUGAGAAUUUUUAUCGUUUUUAUCGUCAGGCAAUUAAUUUAUCGCACGUUUUUCGUAUGUAAAGAUGAUAAAUUUAAGAAAUUUCUGUACUGCUAAUUCUAUUUCUUAUGAUCAUUGGAAGACAAUGGUGAUUUAUUUUUUAUUGUAUUUUGUUUCGACAAAUAAAUUUAAAAAAAAUAUUAUUUAACGAGUU